AGUAAACAAUGCUAUGUCAGUGUUUGUGGCUCUGGAACGAGAACCUGCUUUGACAUUACGUGUGUAAAACAUGAAAGAAACGAGUCGAAUUUAGCUCGUACACCCCAGUCAUGGACUCCGCUUUGGAGAGACACUGCUCUGAGCUGGUGGCCCGAGAGAGGAGCGGACACACGGCUGUGCUGCGGGAAAACCUGCUCUAUGUGUGGGGAGGAUACAUGUCAGUUGCCGAUGAUGAAAUUUUCCUUCCUAAUGAUGAGAUCUGGAAGUAUGACCUGGAACAAGGUGUAUGGGAAGUGUUCCACAUGAAAGGGGAAGUCCCGCCCUCCAUGUCUGGAACCUGUGGCUGCAGCCUCAAUGAGCACAUGUACAUAUUCGGAGGCUGUGACGACAAUGGACAGACCAAUCAGAUCUACUGUGUCGACCUGACAGACGGAAAUUACACGUGGAGGAAGAUCAUACAUGACAUUGGUUCUGCUCCUUCACCUCGAGACAAGUUGUCCUGCUGGGUUUAUAACGGAAGAAUCAUCUACUUUGGCGGAUAUGGUCACAAGCUACUCAGCAGCGUCGACAGCGAGAAUAAAACCUUUAUUGUAGAUGAAGCAUCAUGGGUCGGGGAUGUCUUCUGGGGAUGGAACAACGAGGUCCAUAUAUUUGACCCCACACAGGCCAGUUGGACCGAACCACGAAUCCAUGGCCGUGCUCCAGCCCCCCGGGCAGCCCAUGCCAGUGCCACACUUGGUUCCAAAGGAUAUAUUUGCGGAGGUAGAGUCAUGGAAACGAGGACGAGUGACAUUCACUGUUUAGACCUGGUGUCAUGGACGUGGACAGAAAUAGUCCCUGUGUCCACUAUUCCUGUGGGCAGGUCAUGGCACACGCUCAGUGCAGUGUCAGAAAACACCUUAUUCCUGUUCGGAGGUCUCAGCGUCGACUGCAAACCAAUGAGUGACGGAUGGGUGCUUGAUGUAGAAACAAGACAAUGGCGAGAAGUCGAACAUCCCUAUAAGAACAAACCAAGGUUGUGGCAUACAGCUUGUCUUGGCAAAGACUCUGACGUCAUUGUGUUUGGUGGGAGCUGUGACUACAUCCUCCUUGUGGACACGGGUCACUGCAAUGAUGCACUUGUUUUCCAGUUGCAGCCGUAUCCUCUUUUCAGGAUCUGUGAGGAUUUCAUUGCAAAGAAUGUGAGAAAAUGUGAGCUGCUCAGAAAUCGACUGCCGCUCCUGCCUCCAAAACUUCUGACUUCGGUGCAGAAAAGAAUGUCUUUCUACCGGCCAACGAGGAAACAACAACAAUAGCCGCGUUGUUUUCGAAAAUGCCACGCACAAAGCAUUAUUAUACAGAUUGUUAUUCAAGUGCUGCACUCCCUUUAUCACUGAAGAGCUCAGUCAGGGUGUGGGGUGCCAUUUUUAUUUUCUAAACAUAUCGUGCAAAAUAUUUUAAGUGAUGUAUUUUUUUGUUCUACAGAUGCUAAUUUUAUUUUGUACUGUCUAUCUACUGUAAUACUUCAAUCCGCUUCUGCGUUGACUGUCAUGAUUAAAUGGCAGAUAAACCAUG